CCUUUCACACUCCAACUACAUAUUUCAACCCUAUUUAUAACCACACAGACCCCUGAACUUUUUCACCACACACUUUCAGGGUUCAUAAAUAUCAGUUCAAGAAUCAAAGAGAAAGCAAGAAAAACUAGAUCAAAAUUUUCUUCUUCCAUCACAAAAAUAACACUAAGUUUAGUCAUGGCAGGAUCAGGAAGUGAAGAGGUGAAGAUUUUAGGUGGAUGGCCAAGUCCAUUUGUGAUGAGGCCUAGAAUUGCACUCAACAUUAAAUCAGUCAAGUAUGAUCUUCUUGAAGAGACAUUUGGUAGCAAAAGUGAACUUCUUCUGAAAUCAAAUCCUAUUUACAAGAAGAUGCCUGUCUUGAUUCACGGUGAUAAACCCAUCUGUGAAUCAAUGAUCAUUGUUCAGUACAUUGAUGAUGUCUGGGUUUCUGCUGGUCAUUCCAUCAUCCCUUCUGAUCCUUAUGAUGCUUCCAUUGCUCGUUUCUGGGCAACCUACAUUGAUGACAAGUUCUUUCCGUCUUUAAUGGGGAUUGCAAAGAGUAAGGAUGCAGAAGAAAAAAAAGCAGCCAUUGAACAGGCGAUUGCAGCUUUUGGUAUACUUGAAGAAGCUUAUCAGAAAACUAGUAAAGGAAAAGAUUUUUUCGGUGGAGAAAAAAUUGGGUAUGUCGAUAUUGCAUUUGGGUGUUAUGUUGGCUGGAUUAGAGUUACAGAGAAGAUGAACGGAAUCAAACUAUUUGAUGAAGAAAAAGUUCCAGGGCUUACAAAAUGGGCUGAGAAAUUUUGUGCUGAUGAGACGGUUAAAUCUGUUAUGCCUGAAACUGAUGCCCUCAUGGAGUUUGCUAAGAAGAUCUUUGGAUCUAAGCCUCCUCCUUCAAACUAGAAAAGUUGUUAACAAUGAAAUAUCUUAGAGAUGUUUAAGCUUUGUGUUUGUUUUUUUCAGUGUUGUGUGUAGCACUGCUUAAGAACUGUUUGUAGUAAUGAUUAAGAACAGUAACUGUAGUAAUGGUCUAAUUGAGUUUUUACUAGUAAUAAAUUUUACUCCAGUAGUAUGUACUGUUUAAUGGAGUAGAAAACACUGUGUUAUCGAAGAAAAUUAAUGCGCUCCUGGCAUGCGAUGAA